GCACAAUAGUAUAGGAUUAAAUUUUGAAGAGAGGAGUGUUUGAGCAUUUGAUAGACAAAGCAGAGAUCUUUAAGAGCUACUAUGGUUCCUAAGAUUAAGAUCACAUCAAUGGCGGUCGCUAAACCUCUCUGCUCAGUCUCUUGCUUACUCCUCUCUUCCUCUCUCGUCUUCGUCGUCUCGCUUCUCUUCUUCUUCUCCAAUUCCUUAACAUCCGACCAAAAUCCGAGGAUCUCUCUCGAUACCUAUCAAACGGGCAUCAACGUCUUCGUAGCUGAGCUUCCGAGAUCCCUAAACUAUGGUCUUCUCGACAAGUACUGGUCCUCUUCCCCAGAUUCACGCAUACCCAGCGACCCGGAUCACCCGACCCGUAAAACCAAUUCAUCCAAACCCGAGAAAUACCCACCGUACCCGGAGAAUCCGCUGAUUAAGCAGUACAGUGCAGAGUACUGGAUCAUGGGAGACCUCGAGACUCCACCGGAGAAGCGUACUGGAUCUUUCGCCAAAAGGGUUUUCAGCGAAUCCGAGGCUGAUGUAGUGUUCGUGCCCUUCUUCGCGACUCUAAGCGCGGAGAUGGAGCUUGGAAAUGGAAAAGGCUCCUCCUUUAGGAAGAAAUCUGGAAACGAAGACUAUCAGAGACAGAGACAAGUUCUCGACUUUUUGAGGAACACUCAAGCUUGGAAGCGAUCCGGUGGACGUGAUCACGUCUUUGUUCUAACUGACCCUGUUGCAAUGUGGCAUGUCCGCCAGGAGAUUGCUUUAUCCAUUCUACUAGUUGUGGAUUUUGGAGGAUGGUUCAGGCAAGAUUCCAAGUCUUUCAACGGUACUAGCUUGCCUGAGAGGAUAGAGCAUACUCAAGUCUCUGUCAUUAAGGAUGUGAUUGUUCCAUACACGCAUCUUCUUCCUAGGCUAGAUUUGUCUCAGAACAAGAGACGUCACAGCCUACUUUAUUUCAAAGGCGCUAAGCACAGACAUCGGGGAGGGUUAAUAAGAGAAAAACUAUGGGACUUGCUGGUGGAUGAACACGGCAUUGUCAUGGAAGAAGGUUUCCCUAAUGCAACGGGAAGAGAACAAUCGAUAAGAGGAAUGAGAAACUCAGAGUUUUGCUUGCAUCCAGCCGGUGACACUCCCACUUCGUGCCGUCUCUUUGACGCCAUACAAAGCCUAUGCAUCCCUGUGAUUGUCAGCGACAACAUAGAGCUCCCGUUUGAAGGAAUGAUAGAUUACUCAGAGUUCUCAGUCUUUGUCUCCGUAAGUGAUGCAUUAAGGCCUAAAUGGUUGGCUAAUCAUCUCAGAAAUUUCUCUGAAAGAGACAAGGAAACCUUCAGAAGUAGAAUGGCAAAGGGUCAGUCGGUUUUUGUGUAUGACAAUGGUAAAGCGAAUGGUAUUGGACCGAUUCAACACGAUGGUGCGGUGAAUCACAUAUGGAAGAAGGUUCAACAGAAGGUGCCAAUGGUGAAGGAAGCAGUGUUUAGGGAGAGGAGAAAACCAGCUGGUACUUCUGUUCCUCUUCGAUGUCAAUGUAUCUAAAAUUUGUUUUUACUUCACGAUAAUACAUGCAUUCCCUUGUACUCAGAGAAUGUAUGUAUAGGCCCAUAUCUGAGCCCAUUAAAACGGACGUGGUUUAGUUGCUAACCAGCUUAGGUCAAUCACUGCAUGCAUCUGAUAAAAACGCAACGUUUUAUAAAUACGAUUAUAUAUAUUCCUGGAAAAAAAGAGAAGCAAAGAUCUUUGUAAUCUGCUUCGUUUAUUUGCCGUGUACCGACGAUUUGCGAUCGAUCUGUACUGAUUAUCGUGACAAGUGAUUGAUUAUGUCGAUGCUCGAUUCGUUCUUCAAUAAAGGUUUCAAAGCUGCAAAA